CCAAUAAAGGCAAACAGGCUAGAAGCUACACUGCUACAGGUCACUGCGACAUACUAUCAUAUAUACACUUUUAUGUUUGUUUGUGUUACCUCUCUUCACAUCAUUAACGAAAGGAGAAGAACUAAGAAGCAUCAAACCCGGGAUUAUAAACACUAAACAGUCUCUUUCAUAUAUCCACUCUCUUCUUCCGAAUCAUUUUCACUGAAACUGAAACCGUAACCCCACACCACACCCCCCACAUUUGUCAAUUCUCUUGGAGAAGAACAAUGAGAACAGAGUUGAAGAAGAAGAUAUCCAAGUCUUCGUGGCCAAAAUUUAAUGUAAGAAAGUGGCUCAAUAUUAGGAGCAACGAUGAUAACUUUCACUCAGAUUACUCUUUACCAGAGGGGUGGCUGAUGGACUCCACAAAUGAAUUGAAACAUUCGGCAUCAGUGAUGGAGGCGCCACCUGUCAAUGACACUGACACGCUCAACCUUAGGAUGUUCGUGGGGACGUGGAAUGUUGGAGGAAAGUCUCCGAACGAGGGAUUGAACUUGAGGAAUUGGUUGAUGUUGCCUUCACCAACUGAUAUCUAUGUCAUCGGGUUCCAAGAAAUUAUACCUCUAAACGCAGGGAACGUGCUUGGACCAGAGGAUAGUGGACCAGCAUCGACGUGGUUGAACCUUAUUCAUCAAGCCUUGAACUCUAACACAAGCUCCUCCAGUGGAGAAAAUUCUCCUACAUGCAGUCCAAGUGAACAUGAACAACAGCUCUAUUAUUGCCUAGCAGCAAGUAAACAAAUGGUGGGUAUCUUCUUGUGCUUGUGGGUACGUGCGGAUCUUUACAAGCAUGUCAGCAAUUUAAAGGUGUCUUGUGUUGGUAGAGGCAUCAUGGGCUAUCUUGGAAAUAAGGGAUCAAUCUCAAUUAGCAUGACAUUGUACCACACAACGUUCUGCUUCGUUUGUACCCACUUGGCCUCCGGAGAGAAAGAUGGUGAUGAGGUGCGAAGAAAUUUGGACGUCUCAGAAAUCUUAAAGAAAACUAAAUUUUCACAAUCAUUCAAAGCUCUUGGUCAAUCACUCCCUCCUGAAAGCAUAUUAGAGCAUGAUAAGAUUAUUUGGCUAGGGGAUUUGAAUUAUCGGCUUACUGCUGGUUACGAUGAUACACUUGAGCUACUGAAGAAGAAUGAUUGGAAGGCACUAUUAGAGAAGGACCAGCUAAGGAUAGAGCAGAGAGCUGGUCGAGUGUUCAAAGAGUGGAAGGAAGGGAAGAUAUAUUUUGCUCCAACUUACAAAUACUUAUUCGGUUCUGACCAGUAUGUUGCCCAAACUAACAAGUCCAAAGAAAAACGACGAACUCCGGCUUGGUGCGAUCGAAUACUAUGGAAAGGUGAAGGCGUGGAGCAGCUAUGGUAUGUGCGAGGAGAAUCCAAAUUCUCAGACCAUAGGCCAGUGUAUUCACUUUUCUCGGUUAACGUGGACUUAACAUCUAACAAGCUAAGUCCUUCUAUUGCUACAUCAAAUAGCAGCUCUAUAAUCUCAAGGUCGUGUUCCUCUAGACCCUUAACAAACGCUGCCUUGUCCUCAUCUUGCUUUGCUAAAGUUCAGGCAGAGGAACAACUCUUGUUACUAACCAGGGCACAUAGACACAGGGUUCUGACUUAGUACAUAGGAUACUAUACUAUACAAACACUUUCCGAGAAAGUAAAGUAAAGUUUAUGUGGCACGUCCACCAAGUUGCCGCAGCUCGCGGUGUGCCCUGACAAGGUAUUAAAGUGAGGGAAAAAUCAAACAUUAGUUGCCAUGGUUCGGGUUCUGUGUUCCUCACUUUUUUUGUUGGAACAGAGUAUUUUAUGUGGUGAAAAGAUAAGGUUUUUUUUUUAUAAUUGUUCAGAUGCGAGAGCCUUAGCAAUUGGCAAUUUGGCAUGCACCCUUCUUGCCCAGAUGAAAAUUAUGUGACAUGUUGAGCUAGAAAUGAUUAGAGGACUGCAUUUGGUGUAAAAAGUGAGAAACAGAAGCGUGGCAGCGAUUGAAGUGAAGAAAGAAAUAGUGGCUCGAUAUGUGGGUAUCUCUAAUCAAGCGUACACUUUUUUAAAAGCCUUCUUGGGUAUUAGAGGCUUGGAAUCUUGAAAAUGUUUGGUUGGUUUAGUUGAGCUGUUGCCGGGGGAUGAUUUCCAUUUUGAUAAACUCAAACGAAUCGGUGGCUGUGGAGGUGAGACUGAAAGCUGUUGAAAAUUGUAAAUUGAAUUGUUUAUCAGUUUUGUUAUCUUUAUUCAAUACAAUGUAUCGAAUUUUGUUAUGUGAAAAAUCGAUAGCUGCUUAGUAUAAUAUUUGCUCAUGUUGUUGCAACA